AUGGAGCUAAAUGUUUUGAGUGGAGAGACAAGUUCUUCAACAAAUGAAGAUCUGGUUUACUCUGGGAGGAAAGUCCACUUACCUGUUGUCAUCCCAAUAAGCACAGUCCUAUUCUGUGUGGAGGUAGUGUCGGCUGGAAUACUAUGUGGACUCUACAGCUGGGAGGAGGAAACGUUAUUGCUGGCAUUGACAAUUCUGUUCUUACUGGUUCCAUCAGUACUAAUCCAGUUAACCUUAACAUUCCUCUAUCAAGAUAGUUACUGUGAUCAGUUUUUCAUUCAGUUUCUGCAUGUGCUGCAGCUGGGACCUGUGAUUAGAUUUAUGGAAGCCAUGAUCACAUACUACCAUGCUGGAAGGGUACAGGAGCCUUAUUUCAAUAUAAUCUGCAAAAAACAUCUGAUGGUAUUUUGUGAAAAAGAGAUUGAAGAGGAAGUCAGCCGUUCAUUCCUACUACUGGAUACUCACUGCAAUGCCUUUAAACGUGUUGCUGUUAUCCAGGCUUUUCUGGGCUCUGUCCCUCAGCUGACAUUGCAGCUGUAUGCCAGUCUAGAGGAGGGAUACAUUCCAAUAGAGAGAGGGUUUCUGAUGAUCACCUGCUUUGCAUCUAUCACCAAUGGUGCCCUCAUAUGUAGCAUACUGGCAAUAGAGAUGAGGUAUGAUGACUACAGAAUACAAAUGAAGCCAGUGGCUCUUGUCUGUAUCUCUAUUUGGCGAGUCUUGGAAAUUGCCACACGGGUUAUAGUUUUGGUAAUCUUCUGCAGUGCCCUUACAUUUUGGAUCUGCCUAAUUGUCCUUACCAAUAUUAUUGUAUUUUCCUUUUUUCCAUGGAUCCAGUUCUGGAGGUCCAAAGCACCACUGCCAGAAUUUGAGGACCUCACCAAAUUUGGUACAUCUGUGGUGUUGUGCCUUCUCACAUUUACGUACGUUGGCAUCAAUACAUUCUGCUGGUCUGCAAUUCACCUGAACUUUAGUGACCAGGAUUUAAUCGAGAAGUCACUGAGCUGGCAUGAGCUGGCAUCAUAUUAUGUUAUACGUUUACUGGAGAAUGUGUUGCUCAUCCUUUUAUGGCACUUUCACAAGACUGAUUUCUAUGAGGACAUUAACACACCACUACUAGCUGUCCAGUUACUAACCUGCUAUUGCAUUGCCAUACUUUUCAUGUUAUUCUUUUACUAUUACUGUCACCCCUGCCAAAGACUCUUCACACACAGCUUUGCAAACUGGUUGCAAUACAUAUGCUGUCAGAGAACACCAAAUGUAAGAACAAAUUCUAAUGAUUUCAACCAGAAUGGAGAGCUAGAACUUUUGGUUGCAAUCCAGAAUGUCUGA